AUGGUAGCUUUCAAUCCCAUGCAACUCUUCUGUGGCAUAAAACUGUCGAGAUUGAGCCAGUGGAUUUCUGUAGCAACAAUGAUUUCCUUAUGCAAGUCAUUGCCUCAAGCCGCUCCUCCAUUAUUAAAAAAUAUGCCGUUCGUUUUCAUGUGGAAUGCUCCCACAGAAUUGUGCAAGACAAGAUAUGGAGUUGAUCUGGACCUGAAAUAUUUUCAAUAUGUGAGCAGUACUUUGAAAACCGCCACCAAUCAGACGGUUUCAAUAUUCUACUCUGACAGAUUUGGCGUUUACCCUACUAUAAAUGAAAUAACAGGCGAGUCAUUUAAUGGGGGUCUCCCCCAACUGGUUAAUUUAAAAAUACAUUAUGAACAAGCAAAGAAAGAUGUUCAUUUCUAUAUUCCUGACGACAACCCUGGCUUAGGUGUCCUUGACCUGGAGGACUGGAGACCACAAUGGGUUAGAAACAGUCUGGGAAAAGAUAUCUACAGACGAUAUUCUACUGAUCUCGUUCAGCAGAGGGACCUAACUCUAACUUUUGAAAAAGCUUACCACAUUGCCAAAGAUGAGUUUGAACAGGCAGCAACAAGUUAUUUUAAGAACUCUUUGAAGCUGGGAAAGUCAUUAAAACAUAACCGUGUAUGGGGCUACUACCUAUUCCCUGAAUGCUACAAUUAUGACUACAAUCAAACUCUACGUUAUACUGGAAGAUGUCCUAAUAUUGAACUAGAAAGAAACAACCAGCUUCAGUGGCUUUGGAAUGAGUCCACUGCCCUUUACCCAUCAAUAUAUCUGGAGAUAAUACUGAAGGCUUCCUCUAAGGCCCUGCUGUUUGUUCGCCAUCGUCUGCAGGAAGCAAUGCGAGUUGCCAUGCUUCCAAAUCCGUCAUACUCUCUCCCUGUCUAUGCAUACACUCAGGCUGCAUUUAAAGACAAUAAUACAGAAUAUCUAUCUGAGAUUGACUACAUGCAUACGUUUGGAGAAGCUGCGGCUUUAGGUGUUUCGGGUAUUGUUCAGUGGGGAAGUCUAAAUUUCACAAAGAGCAUGAACGCUUGUGUAGCCUUAAGAAGUCACAUUGAAAAAAUUUUGAACCCAUACAUCCUGAAUAUAACCACGGCGACAAAACUCUGCAGUGCAGCACUUUGCAAAAACAACGGAAGAUGCAUCAGGAAGAACUGGAACUCCAGUGAUUACCUGCACUUGGAUCCACAAAGCUUUAAAAUUCAGAGGGUGAAAGGUGGUGAGCUGUCAGUGAAUGGGAAACUGUCAGAGAAAGAUAUAAUAUCACUGGAAGAAAAGUUCACCUGUCUCUGUUACACAAAAGAAGCCUGUAAUGAAAGAAUGGACAAGUCUGGCACACAUGCUAAGCUGUUUCCUUGA